AUGCGGCAAGAGGAAAUGCUGGGGUUUGCCGACGUUUCCAAUGGCAGAAGCUACAAUGAAUCUCUCCUGGAUGGAGUCGGUGCUGGGACAGACCUGAUGAGGACCAGCAUCCAGCCUGCUUCAUUCCUCUCGAACCAGGAAGUCGGGCCUGCUGUCUUGCAACUCCAAGUCCAACUCGAAGAGCAGCGGAUAAAUUUGCAGCGUUCGAACAUGUUUGCCCAGCUGUACGACAUAAAGAGAGCAUUGUUACAGGUGGACUUGAACGAGAUGCCUGAUGACGAGUUCGAGGAAAAAUACAAUGAGAUGCAAAAGCUCCUUGCACAACUCGAAGCUCUGUCGAGGGAUCCAGCUUCUGUAAGGGAAGAAAAGAAUAAGAUUAUUCAGUCCUUCAAAAAUCAUUGUGACGAUGUGGAAUAUCGUCGUCGACAUGGGCUUCGUGUAACGCCGUCGAGCUCGAGGAUUUCUUCUCGGUUUUCACCUUCGGGCUCAGUGUCAACAACCUUGACUCCCCCUCGCAACUCGCUCAGUGCAAGCAAGCAGUCCGAGAGAAGCUCGAGCAUCCGACUGGACGAUGCUUUCCGCGCCGCAGCUUCAGAUGCUUCAACAAACCAGCAGCAGUCAGCUUGCAAGAGCAAGACGGCAAGAGUUGGACCAGUUGCCGGAACCCAGUCGAGCCCUGCCAGGAGCGAUGUGAUGAGGCACGAGGAUGGGAAUGGCGAUCAGACUCAGAGCACUGGCAGCUCAAGAGGACUGAGCGGCUCCGAUGGUUUGCUAUCAGAUCAAGUCGGAUCCUCGCAAUGUCAGAUACCCGACAGCUCGGUGGCGGCUAGCGUUGAGGAGGAGGUUGUAGCCGUCGGGUACGAGGAGGAGUACUCCCCACCUAAGACGAGGGAUUCGAACAAACGGGUACGCUGGCCCAAAGAGGCCAUGAUUUCUCGCAAGGAUUCCAAGCUCGACAAAUCCUUUCCUCCGAGGUUGACGAUCAGAGAGCAACUCACCAAUGAGCGAUUGAUCGCAUCGUUCGUAUUUUAUCACCAGAACAAGCACCUGUCAUUUCCAAAGAAGACUGAGAAAGAGCAAAUUGAUCAAUUCCACUCGUGGUCCAGGUACAUCCAGACAGAAAAACUGUCCAGUGUCAAACGCGUCAGUCCUCAUGAGAUGAUGGGCAACAUGCAUUUCCACAACAAGAUGGCAGCUUGCUACAAAUACCCGGAGCUGUCGUCUCUCGUGGAAGUAUCAAGGCCCGACGUCCCCCUGCAACUUAGUUGA